AUGGUGGACAACAUUCUGAUCGCGCGAGGCGACAGUCAUCUUACAGCCCUCAUCUUCCCCAGUUUCAAGAACUUGAGACAGAUUGGUUUAGAAACAUCCGAUUUCGAACAUGUAGAAGAACAAGAGGCCGAGCCAAUUGUUGAGGACCCGGACCGGUUGGUAGCGGAAGUUGAUGAAGCUGUUAACUCAGCCUUUGAGGAAGCCGGGUUGAACUCGUCUGAUCCUCCGUCUACAUCAGGCCAAGGGGAUGCCUUUGGAGAUAUUUUUACAAAUUUGGGAGACCUUCCCGGCGAUUAUUCUGAGGAUAUGGCUAAGGAAAAUCUCACACAAAUGGCACGAAGGAAAAACACCGAAUGCAUGGCUGCCCGACAGAAAGCCGAAGCCAUCCGUGUCGGACUUGUCCCGAUUGAAUCUGUCGUACCUAUUGUUGUAGAAGAAACGGCUCACGUUGGCGUGGCCGAGGUGGAGAAGGUAGCUGAUCUUCCGAAUCCAGAAGAACGGUCGAUUCCAGAUCAGGGAGAGAAACGUGUCGCCGAGGGAGAGGCCGGCUCUGAGGAGAACCUUGUCGAUAAACGGCUGCGCUUAGAGGAAUCAGAUGUGGUUGUUCCUUUCGUUGUUCAACCAAAUAUAAAAAACACGCCGAUCUCCUCUGAAGCGUCGGCCAUGAACGAUCCCGCUAUAGCUUUGAGCUUGACUGCCUCGGUUUCGUUGCUAGUUGACAAGGCAAACUUUCGGGCGGAGCCGGAUUUGGUAGCGAUAGCAUUAGCUACCCAAUCGGCCCUCCUAACGGUCGGAAGGAUCGCCAAAUUGGGCCGUCGCCAGCACGAUGCCGUCGAAAGGAUUGGCCGUUUGCAGUCGGAAGUGGAGGGCCAGCGGAGUAGGGCUGAGUUUGAGGCGAUGAGAGAGACAAUGGAAAGCGCGCAGGCCGAGGCAGAGAAGGAAAGGGCGCGAACUGCCGACCAACUUAGAGCAAAAGCUGAGGAGAGGGCCAACGUGAACAAAGAAUCGCUCAAGUUGGCCAAGGAGGCGCUUGCCAAGUUGGAGGCCGAGUUGUCAGAGUUGAAGGCAGCGAAGGAGAAAGCCGACUCCGAGGCGUCCGAAGCAUUUGAGGCUAGGAAGAGCGCCGCUCUUGAAAACUAUGUAGAAGAGGUCCCCAAAUUCGAGAAUCAAGGAUUCAAACAUGGUUGGCUCAAAGCCCUUGCUGCCGCUGGAGUGACAUUGGACAUGUCGAUUCCAUACGAGCAAGUGGAUAUUGAGCCGCUUGAGUCUGAUGCCGAGGAUUGA